AGAGAGAGAGAGAGAGGUCAUCCAUGCACUUGAAAUGUGAUGCAUGUUUAUCCAUGUAGAUAGUAAAGAGGCUUUUUGUCAAGAGAGAGUUGGAACGGUGUAAUCUUUUAGGUGACAAAAGGGGUUUUAAGGGAGUGCAUUCUUCCAAUAAUUUUCUUCCUCUCUUGACACGGAGGAACAAUUCUGGAGAUAUGAAAUGUUGAGCAGCACCAUUGCUUAUUGAUCAUGGAAGUGAAGGUUACGAUGUAACAACAGAUUCAUAUUUCAAUCUUGAUUGGGUUAUGAGAGAAAGAUUGCAUUGUCUCAUGAAUUAUUAAUUUCAAUGUAUUGUUAGAUUCAUGAAUGAUGUAAUUUUCAAGUCUUGGUUCAUUUGCUCUUGGCUGUUAUUUAUUCUUUUUCUUUUUCAUUCUCCAUUUGUUUGAUCUAACACUUGCACAAGGUCCUUGAAGGUUUUGGGCAAUCUCACUCAAUUUUAGUAACAGUUACAUUAGUGAAAAAGUGACAGGUUUGACCAAAUUGAAUUGUAAUUUUUUUCUGUAAUCUUAUUACAAAAUAUUUUGGAAAACGUGAAACUCUGACAAUACAAAUAUUUUGAACUUGUGACAAUAAAAUUCAGGGAAAAUUCGAAUAUAUGCAAUUAUUUAUAAAUUACACAUAUAGUAUAAAUGUAGGUGUUUUUGCACGAGAAUCAAAAUAAGAUGAAUGAGACAAGAAAGUAUUGAUGGAUAGACUUUCGGUCACUCCAUUAAAAAGUAAAGUAAUUACUUACUCCUUUAAACUGUUAUUUGGGAGUAAAAAGUAAAAGAUUGUGUAAUUACUUUAGUUUCGAAUGUCAAAUGUCCUUCAAAUUGAGGAUAUAAUUGCCUUUUUAUUGGACAAAAUGUCUGAAAAAAACUUGUCAAUUGAUCAACUUUGACCAUUACUAAAACUGACCACAUGCGUCUUUUUGUUAGACAAAUGUGAUUAGAAGUGGAGAUUUAGAAAAAAAAAAAAAACGUAAGUGCAAUAAAUUAUAUCUCUAGGGGAGGAAUGUAUAAUUUAUCCUAGAAAUUAAAAGCAAAGAAACUUGAGAUAUCAACGUUGACCGUUACUAAAACUGACCACAUGGGUCAUUUUUGUUAGACAAAUGUGAUUAGAAGUGGAGAUAAUGGUAAAAAUUUAAAAUUAGAAAAAAAAAGUAGGUGUAAUAAAUUAUAUCUAUAGGAGGAGGAAUGUGUAAUUUACCCUAGAAUUUUAAAGCAAAGAAACUUCGGAUACUCUUUAUUAGUACUACUUUUCACUCAGACACUACUUUUUCUUCUUAUCCAAACAAGAAAAUCCAUUUCCACCUUCUUCCCAUUCUCUUCUGAACUCCCAAAUACUAGUAUAUAAUAAGGAAGAAGUAGAUUAAUUUCCUCACAUUAAUCAUCUUUCUCUCUCUUACUUUUCUUUCUUGAGUUUCUUCAAAACCUCCCAUAAGCCCAUAAUGUGUUACCUCAGUAGAACACCCAACUCCAACCCCAAACCCAACCCCAAUCCCGAUCCCGAUCAUCCUCCCCAAAUCACUUUCUCUAACUCCAUCUUCUCUGUAUGCGAAGCCGACCUUUUCCAAGAAAUCUGCAUUAUCAAUGUCCCAAACACCUCCCAAACAAUCCAAACCAGAGACGACGACGACGACUCUGACGAACACCCAAACCCAUGUCAAACAACUGCUUGGGAAUGGUUUGCAUUUCACGAACCUCUGACCCAAUUAGAGGCCGUUGCUGUCCCUCGGUCCCCGUCGUCGACGACGACCCAGUUGUUCGGCAACAUGGAGGACCGGUACUUGUGUGCCAGAGUCGCCGCCGCGUGCCGCCCUUUGCGUUUACAUGCCUGAGGACAACUCGUGGCAUGAUUUUCCCAAGAUGCAGUGCGAGCACCGUAACCCAAUUGCUGCCGCCGCUGCGAUUGUUGAUAAAUUUCUCUAUCUUGCCGGAGGGUAUGAAGGCAAUUCAACUCAUGCUGAACCUUCUGCUUAUCUCAACUCGGCAGAGCGGUUUUAACCUCAGUACAGGGGAAUGGCAAGCAUUGCCAUCCAUGCAAAAAGCAAGGGCAUUUGCAACAGGUAUUGCUCACAAGGGCAAAUUUUACGUUUUUGGUGGCGCAACUCCUAAGCACUCAGCUGAAAUCUACGAUCCUCUCUCAAAUACAUGGCUGUCUAUAGACUCAUUUGUGCCAGAGGAGGCUGAUGGGUUUGCAGUGACAUCGACGUUUAUGAAUCUGGUAAUACUGACCUGGUCAGAUCGACUAGGCUUAAAACUGUGGCUGCGGGUUGAAAAGAGUAAUGAAGCUUUGGAGAAUGGUACGUGGACGAUUGUCAGUGACUUGCCAAACAAUGAAGAAGUUGACAGAUUGCGAUUCAGGCAUCAUGGGGCAAAAAUGGUGAAACUUGGGAACGAGGUGUGUGUUCUGAUGGGAGAGACUGAUUGUGUUUGGAGAGUGGGUGGACCAGUAGCGUGGCCAAUAUUUCCAUCUCCAAAUUUUUGCCCUGGCGGUGGGCAUGAAGUGGUGCAUGAUGGCGAGACCUAUGCCUUCUCCAUCCAGGCUGAUGGCACAAGAUUUGCCUAGUUGAAACGCGGCUUUGAUUUGCAUCAAGUUGAGUAGUUUUUUUGCAUGCAUAAUUCUUUGAUCCAAAGUUUAGUUUUUCGAAGUGUAAAGUUGAAUGAUUGAACUAUUUUGAUGGUUACACAUACAGAUGGGAUUACAAAACAGUAGUUGUAGCAAAAUGUAGAUUCUAUGCUAGCCGAUUCAGAGCAAGGGAAAAUGUCUCCUCUGUUUCGACUUUCAAUUUUUUUCCCCCUCUUUUUGGGGGCUAAGAGGGUGAAGCAAUUUUCUAUGUACAUACAAAAGAGAAGUAGUAAUUCUGAUUAUAAGAAGUUGUGUUGUGAUUUGGUUUAUAUUUUCUGAAUGUGAGUUUUUGCU